AUGGCGCAAAAGGCGAAAGUGCUACUCGUCGGAGCAGGGGGGAUAGGUACCAUGACAGCCUUCAAUCUUGAGCAAGGAGGCCUUGCAACUGUCACAGCCAUACUCCGCUCCAACUAUACGAUAGUCAAAGAUCAAGGCUUUACGAUCGACUCAUGCGAUCACGGGAAAUUCCAAGGCUGGAGACCAUCUGAGGUGCUCAACAAGAUCCCUGAUCAAGAACCAUCAGCACCUUUUGACUACAUUAUUUGCACAACGAAGAACAACCCAGAUAUUCCACCAACGCUGGUCGAUCUGAUCUCGCCAGCCGUUACUCCUGGACAUUCAGUGAUUGUGCUUGUACAGAAUGGACUCAACAUUGAAAAGCCUUUGCUCAAGGCGUUUCCCAACAACGUCUGUCUCUCCGGAGUAUCUUUGAUGGGCGCCGAUGAACUCAGCCCUGGUUCCAUCCUCCAGAACGACGUCGAUAGGCUCUACAUAGGCGAGUUCGUGUCCGACACCAUGGACAAAGAAAAGCAAACGGCGGCAGCGAAAGAUUUCGUAAGGAUCUAUUCUGCCUCUGGGAAAGUCCAAUGCUCUUAUCAACCCGAUGUCGUUUUCGUCCGGUGGCGGAAACUCAUGUACAACGCCGUGUGGAAUCCCAUAUGCGCACUGACGGAUCUCGACACGUCGCGUUUCCGCCUGGCUUCCGAGGACAACGAUCCUGCCAGCCCACUCAACCUCCUCAUCCGACCGGCAAUGAACGAAAUCCGUGCGGCCGCGAAAGCAGCAGCCAACGUGGACCUGCCUGAGUCCCUGGUCGAGGACAUGGUCGAGUGCGACCCGAUUGAGAUUUUCUGUGCACCGAGCAUGUUGCAAGACCGGCGGAAGAAGCGAUUCCUCGAGUUUGAGAAUAUUCUUGGGGAGGCGCUGCGGGAAGGGGAGAAGGCCGGUGCUAGUAUGCCGAUUGUCCGGACUAUCUAUGCACUUUGCAAGGCUAUUCAGUGGAGGACUAAGGAGACCAGUGGGAUGGUUGAUGCUGUGAAACUGAUGGAGGAGAGGAAAGCUAGGUCGUGA